AUGAUAGCCACGUUCCUGGCGCUCACCGUCGUGCUGUACGUCCAGGUCAGCGUGAGCUGGGGCCUCGGCUUCGCCAUCCCCACGGCGCUCGUGGCCGUCGCCUUCGUGGUGUUCCUCGUAGGCACCAAAGUGUACGUCUACGUGCCGCCCGAGGGCAGCAUCUUCUCGAGCGUCGCGCGGGUGUUCGUCGCGUCGUGCCGCAAGUGGAGGCUCCCGCUGCCGCACCCCGAGGACGCGCGGCGGCAGGAGGAGCUCCUGUACAACCCUCCGGCCGCCGUCGGGAACGGACGACGCGUGUUCAAACUCCCCCUUACUCUGCAGCUCAGCUUUCUAAACAAGGCGGCCAUCGUGACCGACGCCGCCGACGAGAUACAGCCCAACGGUGCCCCAGCGAGGCCGUGGAACCUGUGCAGCGUGCAGCAGGUGGAGGAGGCCAAGUGCCUCCUGAAGGUCAUCCCCGUGUGGAUCUUCGGCACCUUGUGGUUCACCGUGGUAACGGAGCUGAUAAACUACACGUUCUUCCAGGCGUCAACCAUGGACCUCCACAUGGGGAAGCACUUUACCAUCCCGCCGGCGUCGAUCGUCGCCGUGCUCUAUGUCUCAGUGGCGCUAUUCGUGCCCGUCUACGACCUGCUCAUCGUUCGUGCCGCGCAGCGGGUCACCAAGGCAGGACGCGGCAUCACCUUGCUCCAGAGCAUGGUGGGACAGACGGAGUUCUACAACACGCAGUUCCCAGACCAGAUGCACACUCUCGCCAACGCGGCCUUCUACUGUGCACAGGGCGUCAGCAGCUACCUGGCCACGCUCGUGGUCAACAUCGUGAACGCGAGAACGAGGCAACACGGUGGGUCUACGGGCUGGGUCACUGAUGACAUCAACGUCGGGAGGAUCGACUACUUCUACUAUGCCAUGGCGGUGCUCACUGGAGCCAACUUCGUCUACCUCCUCGUGUGCUCGCACUUCUACCAGUACAAGGGCGAGCAGGCUGCUGAAACUCCUGCUGGACGUGAACCUGUAACGGACAGUGGUAGCUUAAGCGAGAGUGACGCCGCACUCCUAAAGACAUAG